UCUGCUCCCUCCCAUGGCCACCUUUUCCCCCAUCAAUCUCUCUCCCUCUCUCUCUCUCUCUUUCCUUUGCUCCGAAGUCUUCUUUCCUUGUCUUCUUGAUCAGACACCCAAUUCAACUGGAAGCUCAUCUCCGAUUCAUCAAUGGCGGAACCAGAGCCAUUCAACAAACCCCAUUUAGAACCAAAAUCCAAAGUUCAUCCCAAGCCAAGUAAGUCUUUCUCUCCCUUUCUUUCCCGGCUUCUCCUGGUUGCCAUCCUUCUUCUUCUUCUUGCUCUCUUCCCUUCCCAAGCCCCUGAAUCCAUCGCCCAAACCAGGCUCACCAAGCUCUGGGAGCUUCUCCACCUGCUCUUCAUCGGCAUUGCCGUCUCUUACGGCUUGUUUGGCAGAAUAAGCUCUGAAACAGACGCUGAAAUCCAGCCUCAACUCGACAUCUCUAGGUCAUAUUUUUCGGGAAUUUUCCAUGUUUCCUCCAUGUUUGAAGAUGGCUACGAAAAUCCAUGUGGGUCUGAUGAGAAAAGGCUCCAGAUCUCUAGAUCUAUAGCUUUCCCAAAUGAGUUGAGCCAAACAUGGAACUCCCAGCACUUUCAAGGUGAGUCCUUGGUAUAUGUUUCUGAGGAAAAUUGUGUUCUCGAUGAGUGGGAAAAUGGUUGUGUUCUCGAUGAGUGGGAAAAUCCCAAGCCAAUAAUUGAUUUCAAACCAUUGAACUUGCCUGUGAGGAGCCUCAGAUCAAGAAUUGUGGACCAUGAUUCUCCUGAAUCUGAUCCUAGGGGAGAUGGGUCUGGUUCAGAUUCAAAGGGCUCUUCUAAUAAUUCUGAUGAAACUAGAGAUGGGAAAAUUAGAGGGCUAAAUCCCACCAUUUUGGAGGAAAAUGUUGCUUUACCUUCUCCAAUCCCUUGGCGUUCAAGAUCAAUUAGUAGAAUGGAAGUGAAGGAUGAUGUGAAAGCUGAGAAAUCUGAAAUUGACCAUCUCAAAUCAGAAUCUUUCUGGUCCCCAAUUUUCUCCCAAUCCAGUUCUGUGCCUUCUCCCCCUAAGAAAGCACCAGCAUCGUCUCCAUCUCCAUCCCCAUCCCCACCCACUGUUUUGGCCAAAGAUCGAAACCCCGAACUGGAACCAAUUGAAACAGAGGAUAGUUCAGAAUCAGCACCAACUCUAAGUCUCAGAUCCGGUGAAGCAACACUGCUCAGUAAGAGCACUCGACGAUUCAGCAUUGGCUCUUUAUCAGAGGUGAAUUCGCAGAGAAAUGGCGGCGAAAACUUGAAGAGUUUCAGCAAGAGCAUGAGAGAAUCCACCAAUACUGAGGCGAAAGCAGAAGCAUCAGCUUUCAUGAAGCCUUUGCCAAGAGGGAAAUCAGUUAGAACAAUUAGAGCGAGGGAAAGUGUUCCAAAUGCCAGUAAAAUUGGAGAAACCGCAGAAUUUGACAUGAUUUUUGAACAAAAUCUUGAUCAAAUUUCUGGGAAGCAAAGCUUGCAGCUGCCCUCCAUUGAUGUGGAAAAGGCAGAGCCAGAGAACAGGUCUGAGAUUGUCCACGCUUCAGUCGGAGAAGAAGAAGAAAUUGAAGAAGAAGAAGAAGAAGAAGACGAAGAAGAAGGAGAUCAAGCUGAGAAUGUCGACGAUUCGGAGCUUUAUUCUUCAGAGGUUGACAGGAAGGCUGGGGAAUUCAUAGCCAAGUUCAAAGAGCAGAUUAGGCUCCAGAAAAUCUCAUCCUUCAGGCGAUCGAAUGGUUUUUAGCUUCUGGUUGGUAGAUACGUUGGAACAGAGUUAGCUGCUUCAUACAUGGCUUUUGCACACUCCUAAUAAAGUGGAGAGAUUCGUGCACUAAUGACGCCCAUAGUUGCAAUGGAAGUCUUUAGUUCGUGUAACCAAGAAGGUAUCUCGUAAGUCGGUUUCUCCAAGUAUUUAAUUGUUGUCGAGUGCAGACAUACCUCCAAUAUAAAGUAUAUUUGAAGAUACAAAGAGAGUUGCAAGAAAUUGAUCAUCUCAUUUCGAUCAAUACAUCUGAGUUUUCUUGUUGGGCUCGAGUUUCUUUUGAAUCAUUUAUUUGUUUAGUUACUUAUUAGUAUUUUUUUUUUUAAUGUAAGAAACACGAGAGAUCUACUAUCAAUACAUAAUCUUUGGUUAGAACCGUUUUAUUCUCCUGAAAAACUAUGACUC